GGCGCAAUCUCGCGCGCUCCUUGCAUUGAUCAAAAAUGGGGGUUGAAACAGUAAACGCGAGGAGGAGCAACUGCUUCGACUCGGCUCAGAAGCGCGACCAAUGGGGAUGUGAGCUCCUUCGCGCGAACCAAUUAGCGCAGGGCCUGCGACAGCACGGGCCAAUGGGGCGCCGACUGGGCGCAGGAACAAGGCGGGGGUUCGGAGCCGGCUGCAGACCCUCACCGCAGCGGCCAGGAACGCCAGCCGUUCACGCGUUCGGUCCUCCUUGGCUGACUCACCGCCCUCGCCGCCGCACCAUGGACGCCCCCAGGCAGGUGGUCAACUUUGGGCCUGGUCCCGCCAAGCUGCCGCACUCAGUGUUGUUAGAGAUACAAAAGGAAUUAUUAGACUACAAAGGAGUUGGCAUUAGUGUUCUUGAAAUGAGUCACAGGUCAUCAGAUUUUGCCAAGAUUAUUAACAAUACAGAGAAUCUUGUGCGGGAAUUGCUAGCUGUUCCAGACAACUAUAAGGUGAUUUUUCUGCAAGGAGGUGGGUGCGGCCAGUUCAGUGCUGUCCCCUUAAACCUCAUUGGCUUGAAAGCGGGAAGGUGUGCGGACUAUGUGGUGACAGGAGCUUGGUCAGCUAAGGCCGCAGAAGAAGCCAAGAAGUUUGGGACUAUAAAUAUCGUUCACCCUAAACUUGGGAGUUAUACAAAAAUUCCAGAUCCAAGCACCUGGAACCUCAACCCAGAUGCCUCCUACGUGUAUUAUUGCGCAAAUGAGACGGUGCAUGGUGUGGAGUUUGACUUUAUACCCGAUGUCAAGGGAGCAGUACUGGUUUGUGACAUGUCCUCAAACUUCCUGUCCAAGCCAGUGGAUGUUUCCAAGUUUGGUGUGAUUUUUGCUGGUGCCCAGAAGAAUGUUGGCUCUGCUGGGGUCACCGUGGUGAUUGUCCGUGAUGACCUGCUGGGGUUUGCCCUCCGAGAGUGCCCCUCGGUCCUGGAAUACAAGGUGCAGGCUGGAAACAGCUCCUUGUACAACACGCCUCCAUGUUUCAGCAUCUACGUCAUGGGCUUGGUUCUGGAGUGGAUUAAAAACAAUGGAGGUGCCGCGGCCAUGGAGAAGCUUAGCUCCAUCAAAUCUCAAACAAUUUAUGAGAUUAUUGAUAAUUCUCAAGGAUUCUACGUUUGUCCAGUGGAGCCCCAAAAUAGAAGCAAGAUGAAUAUUCCAUUCCGCAUUGGCAAUGCCAAAGGAGAUGAUGCUUUAGAAAAAAGAUUUCUUGAUAAAGCUCUUGAACUCAAUAUGUUGUCCUUGAAAGGGCAUAGGUCUGUGGGAGGCAUCCGGGCCUCUCUGUAUAAUGCUGUCACAAUUGAAGACGUUCAGAAGCUGGCCGCCUUCAUGAAAAAAUUUUUGGAGAUGCAUCAGCUAUGAACACAUCCUAACCAGGAUAUACUCUGUUCUUGAACAACAUACAAAGUUUAAAGUAACUUGGGGAUGGCUACAAAAAGUUAACACAGUAUUUUUCUCAAAUGAACAUGUUUAUUGCAGAUUCUUCUUUUUUGAAAGAACAACAGCAAAACAUCCACAAAUCUGUAAAGCUGGUGGGACCUAAUGUCACCUUAAUUCUGACUUGAACUGGAAGCAUUUUAAGAAAUCUUGUUGCUUUUCUAACAAAUUCCCGCUUAUUUUGCCUUUGCUGCUACUUUUUCUAGUUAGAUUUCAAACUUGCCUGUGGACUUAAUAAUGCAAGUUGCGAUUAAUCAUUUCUGGAGUCAUGGGAACACACAGCACAGAGGGUAGGUGGGGCCCUCUAGGUGCUGAAUCUACACAUCUGUGGGGUCUCCUGGGUUCAGCGGCUGUUGAUUCAAGGUCAACAUUGACCACUGGAGGAGUGGUUUAAGAGUGCCAGGCAAAGGGCAAACUGUAGAUCGAUCUUUAUGCUGUUAUUACAGGAGAAGUGACAUACUUUAUAUAUGUUUAUAUUAGCAAGGUCUGUUUUUAAUACCAUAUACUUUAUAUUUCUAUACAUUUAUAUUUCUAAUAAUACGGUUAUCACUGAUAUAUGUAGACACUUUUAGAAUUUAUUAAAUCCUUGACCUUGUGCAUUACAGCAUUCCAUUAGCAAGAGUUGUACCCCCUCCCCAGUCUUCGCCUUCCUCUUUUUAAGCUGUUUUAUGAAAAAGACCUAGAAGUUCUUGAUUCAUUUUUACCAUUCUUUCCAUAGGUAGAAGAGAAAGUUGAUUGGUUGGUUGUUUUUCAAUUAUGCCAUUAAACUAAACAUUUCUGUUAAAUUACCCUAUCCUUUGUUCUCUACUGUUUUCUUUGUAAUGUUUGACUACGAGAGUGAUACUUUGCUGAAAAGUCUUUCCCCUAUUGUUUAUCUAUUGUCAGUAUUUUAUGUUGAAUAUGUAAAGAACAUUAAAGUCCUAAAACAUCUAA